GAGUCCGCGGGGUUUGCGGGCAAUCCCUUCGUCCCUGCCUGCAGCAGGGCGAGCGUUUUCGGGCUGGGAAGCCGCCCGGCCGCGCUGGCAGAGGAAGGGCUCCCGCGGGGCCAGAACCGAAGGUGGCACCGCUAGUACCUGCUCUCGUCCUUCCUGAGCUUCCCUGGGGCUGCGGAAGAGUUCGGAACAGGCUGUGGUUUCUCUGGGAGAGGAGUGCUGGCAUAAUGUCCUGCAUUGCCGUAUUACUGCCCGGUUUCGGUUGUUCAACGCAACAGCAGCGGCACCCCGCCCCUGAGCAGUGCUGAAGCAACGAAGAGGUGGUAAGAGAAAUUGUUCGUGAACCCCUCCGAGUUAGUGGUCCUCUUCCGAGGAAGCUCGGUAGUCGCCCAUCAGUGGUAAUUCUAACAGUGCAACUGGCUGCUGGCCUUUUGUAGAAACGACUAACUCUCUCCUUGGUCCUGCUGAGCUCUUUUCCUCAUCAGAGAGCACAGCCUGCUUGCAGGGGUGUACCAGCAGAACAUUGCCCAGGUCUACUGGGAGCGAUCCGUGGGUAACACCGUCCUGGAGGCACCAGCUUUGAGGGUGGUAACGUAACUGAGAGAAGUGGAGAGAGCUGAGCUGGGGCUGAACGCACCAUGGGAGCAAACACCUCCAGCAAGUCACCACCCUUCAAUGAAAAUGAAGAUGUCACCUUCGACCAUUUUGAAAUUUUGCGAGCUAUUGGGAAGGGCAGCUUUGGAAAAGUCUGCGUUGUGCAAAAGAAUGACACCAAGAAGAUGUAUGCCAUGAAAUACAUGAAUAAACAAAAGUGCGUGGAGCGUAAUGAAGUGAGAAAUGUUUUCAAGGAGCUGCAGAUUAUGCAGGGCCUGGAACACCCCUUCUUAGUUAAUUUAUGGUACUCAUUCCAGGAUGAAGAAGAUAUGUUCAUGGUUGUAGACCUGUUGCUUGGAGGGGACCUGCGUUACCAUCUCCAGCAAAAUGUGCGGUUCCAAGAAGGCACCGUGAAACUCUUCAUCUGUGAGCUGGUGCUGGCCCUUGACUAUCUCCAGAGCAGACACAUCAUCCACAGAGACAUCAAGCCUGACAACAUUUUACUGGAUGAGCAUGGACAUGUGCACAUCACCGAUUUCAAUAUUGCCACGAUGCUGACUAAAGAAAUACAAGUCACCACCAUUGCUGGCACAAAGCCGUAUAUGGCACCUGAAAUGUUUAACUCCACAAAACCCACCGGCUAUUCCUUCGCUGUGGACUGGUGGUCAUUGGGAAUCACCGCCUAUGAGCUGCUCAGGACACGGAGGCCAUAUCAUAUUCGCUCCAACACUUCUACAAAUGAAAUAGCUCACGUGUUCAAGACAGCUACAGUGAUGUACCCUGCUGCUUGGUCCACGGACAUGGUGUCGCUAAUCAAAAAGUUGCUUGAGCUGAACCCCGAGAAGCGUUUUUCUCAGCUGAAAGAUAUCCAGGACUUUCCGUAUCUGUCAGAUGUGAACUGGGAUGCUGUUCUCCAGAAAAGGAUAAUGCCAGAAUUCAUUCCCACGAAAGGCAGACUGAACUGUGACCCAACCUUUGAACUGGAAGAAAUGAUCCUGGAAUCCAAACCUCUUCACAAGAAAAAAAAGCGCUUGGCUAAGAAGGAAAAAGGCAACAGCAACAGCAAUUCCUCCCAGGUGAGAGCAAGCAGGCCUGCCAUCUUCAAAAGCACCUAGAGAUGCUCCAGAGGGACUUCAUUGUUUUCAACAGAGAAAAGGUGAGACACCACCACUACACCCAGGAGACCAUAACACUGGCAAAAAGCAGAGGUGCACACAAGGAGGACAACCAGAACAACAGCCUCUGAGAGCAGCACAGCGCCUGCUGGAGCUUUCCUCGUGGGGCCAGCGCACACCCACCCACCCACCUUCACGACGCUGGGCCACCGGACUCGUCCACUGCUGCCAGGACUCUGCCAAUAGCCCAGGGCAGGGUGGCUGGGCAGGAGCUGGGGCACCCGCUCCCUCUGCCUUCCACCCCACAGCCCACAGACCCUGGGCAUGGGGGGAGAGGCUGUGGGUGCUGCCUCUGCAAUUUGCCACAGUCAGUUAGACUCAGAUCCUAUUAUUUUGCCUUUCUUGGUGGCAGGAACGUGACUGUGUGAAAAUGGAUGAGACGCCACCCAGUAUUCACCCUUUUGGCUUGGCUAGCCAGCAUCACAUCCCUUAGUGCUGCCUGCCAGGCAACUGCCAGCAGUGUAACCAAAGGGUUGAGCAUGCAUCAUUUGCAGUGGUGUCAUCACUAGUAUCAGUCUUAGUGGCAGGUCUGCGACAGCACUGUGGGUCCAGGCUCUGUGGAGGUCGGGACUCCCGCAUGGGCUCACAGCUGGUUGCUCCAGAUGGAAGAGGCUGCUCUCAGCUGCAGGAUCUCCACCAGUGCACAGCAACAGAGGUGGCCUUUGCUUACAGAUGCUCCUGGGAAUGUUUCAGGAGUGUGGGCAUGGAGGGCUGGAAGUGGUGAUGAGCUUCUUCUUUAGCUGGGAGGAGGCAGCAAAGGUUUCCCAUCUGUCCCCCCUCUCUGUCCAUGCUGGUUCCUGUACCCAUUUCUUGGAGAGAGGGUCUGGCACAGUGCAUGGUCAAAGCAUGCAGACAGAUGUGGAAAUGAAAAGGUAACAACCAGGCACUGGUGAAUAACCAGCGUCCAGAUGCUUUUCCAGGACAGCCUGAAAAACCCAUUCACCAUCACAUUAAACUGCUGCAGCUCACUGAGUCUGAUGGGUUUUGGCUUCCAAUACCAGAGGUGAAUUUGAAUGUGUAUUUUUUAAUCUGUCUACCAUUGAAAUCACACUCGAUUUAAGCAGCUACUGUUUGCAGGAACAGCUGUACUCCUGGUGUGGUCUUUGCCAAGACUGAGACUGGCCAAAGCAUUUCUAUUACAGUAAUGCUGGGAAUGAUGCUAUUAUUUAAAUGCUUUGGCAGACCUGAGGUUUCACCUCCUUAUUUGAUGUUUUUCCUAUUCUCAGCAAUAUAAUGAAUGCGUGAUGAACCAUUUGCCUCCCAUUUACCUAAAGGUGUUCUUUGUAUCCCCUGUGCCUUCCUAUCUUUCUCUCUGGCUAAGUCUGAUCAACUAAAAAAAAAUCUGAAUAAAACCAACAGCAAAUGAAA